GUCAGUCGCUGUGCAACACUUUUCGGUGAAGGUAGUCAAGUCAAAACGAAACGGCUGCUAGAGAGUAGGGUGACUUGGUCACUUCAAACGUUUUAAAUAAAAAAAUUCCAUAUUUAAUUUAAAUAAAAAUUUAAUAAUUAAACUUGAUUUUGGUGGUGCUUUAUGCUUUAAAAUCCAUAGAAUUGUUCGGGUUUUUACUUGCUUAGGAAAACUUUGUGUUCAACGAAAUGAAACGUCUAAUUUUCCUAACGCUGUGCACUGUGCUGCUGAACUUGAGUGCAUUGGUGCGCGCCGAGGGCCAAGGCCGUUAUUCACUAACUGCCCCUGGCACUUUGCACUCCAACAACUUAUAUACCGUUGGUGUCGCCGUUUAUCAGAACACAGAACCGGUCACAUUGAAAGUUGGUUUGGUAGGACCGGAGUUCGAAAAAAUCCAAACAGUUGAAUUGCAACCCGAUGAGUCAAAGUCAGUGCAGUUCGAAGUACCAGUACUGCCGAAGGGCAAAUACAAUCUGACUGCCGAAGGAGUAUCGGGGCUGAUUUUCAAAAAUACAACAGAACUUAACUACGCAAACUUCCAUGCAAUCACCAAAAUACAAACUGACAAGGGUAAAUAUAAACCUGGUGAUAAGGUGAAUUUCCGCGUGCUCUUUUUGGAUGAAAAUUUGAAACCGGGUGUAGCGGAUAAAGAUUCAGUCAUAUGGUUUGAGGAUGGAAAACGCAAUAUUUUAAAGGAAUACAAAGAUUUCGAGCUCAAAAAUGGUGUUUUCACGGGUGAAUUCCAAAUAUCCGAGUUUGCGGUGCUUGGAAAUUGGCGUUUGAUUGUAAAAAAUGGCCGCUCUUACAAUGACGAAGUCUACUUCGAUGUUAUCAAAUAUGUCCUGCCUAAAUACCAAACAAAACUCGACGCUACGGAUGCCGUAUCUGUACGGGACGGCGAUGUGAAUAUAGUCGUGAAAGCAAAUUACACCUACGGUAAGCCCGUCGAAGGCAAGGUUAUCGCAACACUGGGUUACAACGAAUACUACUCUCAAGUGGACGACGAGAAAAUUAGGAGCGCACCCACACUAAUUAAGACUGCCGAUAUGGUCAAUGGCAAGGCAAAACUGCUUAUGAACGUAAAAAAGUUUAAAGAUCACUUAACGAGCGAGAUGUACGGUACGUCCUUGACAAUCACUACGACGGUGGAAGAGGCAUACACGGGCAUUAAAUUGAAUGCAACCAAAGACAUAAGCGUCUACCCUUACCGUUACCUUAUAACCUGUGUAAGCUAUGAUACCUGUUACACAUACCAUGCGGACAAGGAGGCUGACGUGUUGAUCCAAGUGCAACUGGUGGACGGCACAGUGGUGACGGAUACAAAAAAUCCAAUCAAACUUACCUUCAAGGAAACCUUAUCAGAGAGAAACGUUUGGCCGAGAGUAGAAUCCACUCCGGACCAAACGACAACACCGAAACCCACAAUUGAAGGAAAAAUGUAUACUUUCGAAAGUCAUCUCAAUGGCACAGGUUUCGCGAAGUUCACUAUUAAGUUGCCACCUUUGGAGGAAAUCAAAGACUAUCAGCACUACUAUGAAGUAACUGCUGAUUACAUUGAUGAAAAUCGCUCAGUCGCCAGCACAUUCGAAUAUCGCGAACCAAAGAAAAUAAAUCCGCCGCCUGAUGCGAAACCGCCGACCGAGUGGUUCAAAUUGCAAGUCAAUUUUCCAUCGAACACUUAUCGCUUUAAUUCUUCUGACAUCAUAACACUAACAGUCAACUCGAGUGAGCCCUUGUCGUAUCUCAUUUUCGAUGUCAUUGGUCGUGGUAAUAUUUUAGACCACCAACGUAUUGCGCUUCCGGAAAGUACCAAAAUUUACAACAUCUCACUUCCGCACAGGUUCGAAUACGUGCCUUACGCCAGGAUUUAUGUUUAUUACGUGGACGAGCACGGUGAAUUCCAUUAUGCAGAGGCAUCUUUUGCAGUAGACACAGAAUUACAAAAUCAGAUUGACAUUACCGCACCCACUGAAGUGAAACCGGGCGAGACUGUGCCGUUGCACAUUAAGACAGUUCCACACUCGUUUGUCGGUCUCACAGCUGUCGACCAGAGUGUGCUGCUGCUUGGAGGCAGUAACGACAUCACCUCCGACGAGUUUCGCUGGCGUAUCGGCGGCUAUGACACGAGUACCCCAUGGCAGGGUGGCAGUUCAUAUUAUCCCGGUGAAAGUUCUGGUGUGGUAACGCUGACUAAUGCAGACUACUUCUACAAUUGGACUUUACCGGUUUAUCCCCCAGCAAUGCCAGUCAGUACUCAAAGGGGCGUGCUUUCUAGCGCCUUUGGUGGAGUUGGUGGUGGUGUCGCUUUUAAAGCAGACGUAGAACACAGUUAUGCAUCUCCAGCCGCAGAACAAGAAAAAGUGCGAAAAGACUUUCGAGAAGUUUGGCUUUUCACGAACAUCGAAGACACACAAACGGAGGAGUUUGACUGGUCUACAACGAUACCAGAAACCAUUACAUCCUGGGUGCUCACAGCUUUUUCAGUAAAUUCCGAAAAGGGCCUUGGCGUAACGCAGGAAUCUACAAAGAUCAAAACAUUCCAGCCAUUUUUCUUAGCGCCACACCAUCCCUACUCCGUGAAACGAGGUGAGGUUGUCAACAUAAAAGUUGCGGUGUUCAACUAUCAGGACAAAGCCUUAGACGUCGCGGUCACACUCGACAACACCGACGGCGAAUACGAUUUCACCGACGUCUCGAACGAAGUCAUCAAUGAGCCGAAGCGUGUAAAAAACGUGCGCGUAGCAGCUCAAUCUUCGGCCGGUGUUUCAUUUAUGAUACGCCCAAAAGUAAUUGGCGACAUACUUUUAAAAUACACCGCCACAUCGCCAAUUGCUGGUGAUGCGCUGCAUAAGGCGCUUAAAGUUGUACCCGAGGGUGUAACAGAGUACGCCAACCGUGCCUAUUUUGUUAACCUGAAGGAUGUGCCGGAGUUUAAAGAAACCUUCGACUUGGUUUUGCCCGCAGAUGUAGUGCCCGACUCACAGCACAUUGAAGUGUCAGCUGUUGGCGAUAUUUUGGGUCCACUUUUGAAUAAUUUAGAUAACUUGGUGCGUCUACCAACUGGCUGCGCAGAGCAAACGACUUCAUCAUUUGUGCCAAACUACGUGGUUUUGGAGUACUUGAAUCAUACCAACAAAUUGACACCGGCAUUGCAAUCACAACUGCAAAGCAAUCUACUGUCUGGUUAUCAGCACAUCUUGAAUUUCCGUCUGGACGAUGGUUCGUUUAGUUCCUUCGGCAGAGCCAAAGAAACAGACAGACCCAUAAAUGGUUCAACUUGGCUAACGGCGUAUAUCGUUCGUUCACUUUACAAUGCUAAAACUCACCUCAAGAUCGACGAAAAUGUGCUGAAAGACGGUUUGAAAUAUCUAAUCAGUCAACAAGCAGAUAAUGGCAGCUUCGUAGAGGGUAAUGAUUUCUUCUUUGGCUCAUAUAGAAAACCAUUGUCGCUUACGGCCAGUGUGCUACUCACGCUAGUAGAGACAGGGGAACUCGCUAAGCCUUAUGAAUCCCAAAUCGAAAAGGGUUUCAAGUACAUUUUCGAGAAUUUGGGCCAGGUAGAAGAUCUACAUGUGAAGGCUAUCACAGCUUAUGCUCUUAGCAAGAUUGCCAAUCCUGCCGCAGCCACACAACUUGAACAGCUCCAAGCGCUCGCUAAGACUGAAAAUGAUCGCAAAUGGUGGACAAAUCAGAAGGAGAACCAUGCAAAACUUUGGUGGCGUUGGACUUAUAGUAAUGAUGUGGAGAUCACUUCUUAUGUUUUGCUUACAAUGUUCGAGAGUGGCAAGGCAACUGUGGACGAUGUGUUGCCCAUUAUAAAAUGGUUGGUGGGACAACGCAAUAGUUAUGGUGGCUUCGCUUCCACACAGGACACUGUGCUGGGUCUCCAAGCAUUAAUUAAAUUUGCAAACUUUUCCGGCUAUGAGGCAGCCACCAUGGAAUUGAAUGUGCUUGGAAAAGGGGAGAAGGAGAAAAGCGACAUCAUUCAUUUAACGGAGGAUAAUAGCUUACUGACACAAACUGUAGAGUUACCACAAAAAACACUUUCGGUGGACUUGAACGCCAAAGGCAAGGGCGCUGCUUUGGUACAAAUCGCCUUCCAGUACAACGUCUAUGAGAAGGAGAAGCAGCCUGCCUUCAAAAUCGACAACGUCCUCAACAAAGAGGCACCUGCCUUCAAAUUGGACACACAGGUGUGCGUACAAUACAUCGGCGAAGCUGAAGCAUCUAAUAUGGCACUGCUAGAGAUCUCACUACCGUCCGGUUAUGUAGCAGAUGAGGAGAGCUUCAAACAAAUUGAAGCUGUACCGCGUGUUAGACAAGUAGAAGGCAAACAAUCCAACACAUUGAUCGUCGUGUACUUUGAAAGUCUCAGUAAGAAUAACGUGGCGUGCGUGCCGGUUGAGGCGCUCAAAGUGUAUCCAGUGGCGCAGCAGAAACCGGCUUCCAUUGUCUUGUAUGAUUACUACGAUACGACGCAGAAAGUUACCGAAUACUAUACAGUGGCCUCGAAAUUAUGUGAAAUCUGUGAGGAAGAUGAGGAGUGUAAGAAGGCGUGUGCAACUACUGCGUAAAAUUAUUGCAUGAGUAAUUUCGCAUAGGGACAUUUUUUAAUAAAUUGUAAAUAUUUGUAUAAAAUAAAAAAGUAUACUAAAAAUUAUAA